AUGGCCCGCAACCCUCUGAAGACUCCCGGCGACCGCCGCGGAGACGAGGCCGCGCGCGCGCUCUACGACAUUGUCGUCGCUCAGGCCCGCCAACCCGCUUUCUACACCGACUUGGCCGUCCCCGACAGUGCAGAUGGUCGCUUCGAACUGCUGGCUCUGCAUUCCUUUCUCGUUUUCCAUCGCUUGAAACUGGAUCGCAGUGCGACGGAGGACCUAUCCCAGCGCUUGUUCGACAUCAUGGCCUUCCAUCUCGAUCAAUCCGUUCGGAUCAGCGGGGCGGGGGAUCACGGCAGCGCAAAGCGCUUGAAGGCCAUGGGGGAGGCUCUGAUGGGCCGCUAUCGGGCCUAUGAGAAGGCGCUCGCCGCGUCGGAGCCCGCUGAUCUGGAGGCGGCCUUGGCACGUAAUCUCUACGGGAGCGGGGAACCGCCGAGCCCCUUGCAGACCCGCGCCAUGGCAGCCUAUUUGCGGCAGGAGAGCCGGAGCUUGGCCGGCCAAGCGCUGACCGAGCUUCUAGCCGGCUCGCUGUUCUUCGAAUCCCCGCCCUCGGCAACGGACGCUGUCGAGGGAACGACCAUGCGCAAGGGUAGUCGAGGAGAGGCGAAAGCAGGACUGCCUGCGGUAGAUCCGGAGUUCUCGCGCCUCUUCGCGUUGGACAAGCUUGGUGCGCAGACCGCCGUCGUCGAGAUCGAGGCGAGGCCGGCCGAACGCGAGGCCCUGGUCGCGCGUUUCGAUCUUGCCGGGUUGGACCGGUUGGUUGCCGAUUUGCAGGUCGAUCGCGAAGGGGCUGGUCUGGUGCGGGUAAGCGGUCGGCUGCGGGCGGAAGGCGCGCAGAUCUGCGUGGUGAGUCUGGAGCCGGUUCCCUUCGCGUUGGAUCUUCCGGUCUCACUCCGUUUCGCCUCGGAGGUUCAGUUCGAGCCCGCCGGAGAGGUAUUGGUCGAGGCUGAGGGCGAGGAUCCGCCCGAGCCGAUCGAACAGGGGGCGAUCGACUUGGGCGAGGCCAUGGCGCAGACCCUGGCAGUGGCCCUCGAUCCCUUCCCGCGGGCCGCCGAGGCCGUGCUCGACAGGACCGAGUUCGGUCCGGCUGAAAACGGUUCCAUGACGGCGCCAGGCGGGCAAGCUGUUCCGGAGCAGCCCGGCGAGGCCUCACCCUUCGCCAAGCUGCGCCAGCUGAGGCCGGAGCGGGGUGAUAAGAGUUGA